CAAACAAACAAAUAUUGUCAGCCAUAAAUAGGUUUCACUUGAGUCACCAUUAUCAUCGAAAUUCUCUGUUUUUGUUCUUCUGAUUUGUUUUGUUUGUGCACAAAAACUAUGUGAAAAGUCUGUUCUGUUCACCAUUCACCAUUCACCAUUCAGCAAAAUGUUACCCAUAACACCUGUAUCAGCUGCUAUCAUAGCUGGUUGUAAUGGAAAUUCCAUCAGCAAUAAUGCAAUAACCGAUACUCAAUUGACAACCACAAUCAAUUCAUCCUCAUAUCAUCAUCCCCAUUACCAUAAUCAUCAUCGAUCGCCUAAUCAUCAUAGUGAUAAAGUUAAACGAUAUCUUGAUUAUUGCCGUCAAUUACAGCAGUCGAUUGGUACUGGUCUGUCAUCAGGUUCUAGUUUGGAAUCCAUUUCUUCCAAAUGCAUCGAUAAUCGAUUGUCAUCCCUUUCAACAAAUAAUCAAUCAUCUCCAGCAGUAACUAAUCACUCAACAAACAAUGAUUGUCAUCAAAUGAAUGACGAUGACGACAAUGAAACAUUCUUGUUGGAUACCUGGCUUGAGAAUAAAUUACAGGCCAGUUUCAAACAAUUGAAUUGCAUAUUACGAAAUCAUCAUGCCGGAUACAUUGGCGAUGAGAGUGAUUGUGAAAUAUUCUUCAUUCAUCAUCGACCACAACAAUUUUGUGAUAAUCAUAUUGAUAGUCAAACCGAUCUAUUACUCUCCAACCAAACGCCAAUAGAUAAUGGAGGUGAUCAAGUUAAUAAAUCAAAUGAUAACGAUUGUCUAAAAAUAUGUAUUGAACAAUUGGAAAAGAUCAUUUGCAACAAUCACCAUCCUCUAAAACAAAAUGCAAAUCUAUCUUGUAUGAUAUUAACACGACCAAACGAUGAAUUAAGGCCAAACAAUCUGCUCUAUGUUUAUCCACCAGCAGAAGAUUUGGCCAAUCAUUGUGAUCAAUCAUCAUCAUCAAAACCACCACCACCACCAAUCUCCAAAAAGAAUGGCUAUCCGAAUUGGGAUAAUCCAAACAGUCGAUUAACCCGUUUGAGUGGUAUGUUUGUCACAUUAUUCGAUGUGAUGAUCAAACUGGAACAACGACGGCAUCAAUCGACAUCAACCCCAACUAGUCAUGGUUUGAUUGAUGUUUUAUCAAUGUCCAGCCUGCAAUUGUCCGGGAUCGAUGAUUAUAAUCAAUUCGAUGAUAUCAUGUCCCAAUAUCGAAUUAGUUUUGUGAUAGAAAACGAUGAUGAGGAUGCACCAAUCAUAAUGGCCAUUGCCAUGCCUAUUGAUGGUUUUAUGGCGAAUGAUGCACGAAUAAUGGCCAAAUUACUAUAUGAUUCAUUGCGAAUUGCAUUCGGUUCCAUACGAACUGCCUUUUCCAAUCAUUUUCAUAAUAAUCAUCAUCAACCAGUAUGUCUAAUGACACCACCACAUUCCAAUGCAACUUUUGGCUAUCUAAAUCGAAUUCUGCUCACAUUGAACACAAUGCUUGGAUUAUCGUCAUCGAACGAUCAUGUUGUUGAUAACAAUCAUAAUGGUUUCAUUAUUAAUUCACUGCGAUUAUCAGCUACAUUUCCCAUUGCAUCAUCGAUCAAUACAACUUUUGCUCUGCAGCAUCUUUUGAUGGAUGAUAUGGCCAUGUUGAAUCUUUGUAAAUAUCUUAACGACUAUGACUCUCUUGACUGGAUCGAUGAAAGUAUUCGCUUCUAUAGGGAUGGCCAUGAUAUUGAACAAGCGUUGAGUGAACAUUUUGCCCGCUGUCUUGGAUCGGUUGACGAUCCGCCAAAGCAUGGCAAAUCAUCUAGCACUCAACCUUGUUCGACAUCAUCAUCCUUGUUGAUGGAUAAUAACCAUAUAUUCGAUUUGUUGGAAAUUGAAUUAACAUUUUUCACUGUGAUCGGCUCCUGUCUAUUCUAUCGAGCUUGUCUGGUCAAAUCUCAUCUGCCCAAUGAUUGUUUAUCAGCCAUCCAUCGUUAUCUCUAUACACGUGCAAUUCAUGCAUUGGCUAGCCAUGGUGAUUAUCAUCUGGUGAAUUUCAUUCGUUUUCACCAUGCCAUCAGCACUGAUGAAUCAUGCAAUGAUGGCAAAACCGAUUUGUUUCUUCUCAUAUUAGGUCAUGGGCAUCUGAUACACUGUACCGUAGUACAAGUGUAUCGAUUUGAUCGAUCCGGUCAUAUGCGAUUCAAUGAUAAAUAUGGCAGUGAAAAAAGCAAAUCACUUGAACAAAAUGAAUCACUGCAAUUACCAUCGUCAUUUGCAUUUUAUGUGUUUAUCAAAGAAUCUUUUCGUCUUUUGAAUUUCUAUCUAAAUCGAUUGGCUAUUGGCGAACAGCUGGAAGAUUCAUUCGCCUUCACUAAACAUUAUGGUCGGUCACAUUUGGUCAAUUUGUUUGAUCAAAAAUUUGCCACUCAAACCAAUGAUAAUGGCUGGCUAAAUAAAUUGAACCCGUUCAACAGAUCAUCUAAACAAGACGACAAAACCCAACCAUUCACAAAACUCGAUGAUACAUUCAGUGAUGAUAUGAUGGCUGUUCGAUCCUGUCGAAGUGGUAGUCAUUCCAAUUAUUCAAUUGCUGAAUCCUUAUCCAAUGCAUCUCUAUACAGCCAAUCGACUAUACAUUCCACACUCACCAAUCUGUCAUCGUCAUUCCAUCCAAUUCAUUCUCUAUCCGCUUUCCAUGCUAAACAAUCAUUUCCACCGGCAGCGCAUUUACCCGAUUCUAUGGUUUGCUAUCUAAAUAUCGAACAAGAUGCCGAAACAUUUUAUGCACCCAUUCUCAAUGUCAGCCAAUCCGGCAACACAGAACAAUGGCUAGCCAAUUUGACAUCAGAACUACUCACAAGAAUCAAUCAAAUGCGAGAAAAUUUACAGUCCAUGUGUUUGGUUGAAAUGAAACGUCGACAACGAUUACGAUCAUCAUCGAGGCAUGUUGGUGACACUGAUAACAUCAAUUCAUGUCGUUCGAUCACUGCGAUCAAAUCAUCGAAAACAAUCAUAUUGAAAUACAUUGCGAAUGGCCAGCCUAUAAGCAAGGAUAAUCAAAUGCAACAUAGUCCACAGAUUGCAUUGGAAAUGGCAAUAUUGCUGAUUGGUGAUUGUCACAUCAAAUAUCUGUUUCACAUUGACCAGGAUCAAAUUAUCGAUGAAUUUUAUGCAUGCUUUCUAUUGAAACACCAAUCGAACAAGCAGCAAGCAUCUUUGAAUGAAUCAUUCAACAAAUUGCUAUUUGGCCAUGAUCACCGUCAGCAUUCAUAUCGAAUUGGACAACCAGAUUCGAUAUUGGCCAAUUUCGAUCAAUUCAUCGAAAGUGUGCGUCUAGAAAAUCGAUACCAACGAUAA